AUGGACGCCAUCCCCGCUCCCGUUGCCGGCGAGGUUCUGAUUCAUGUGAAAGCCUUCGGGGUCAACCAUGCCGAGAUGCAUAUGCGAAAGGGGGAAUGGGACGAAUGGAAUCCAAUCACAGGUCUCGAGUGUGUCGGAAUCGUCGAGGCCUGUCCAGGGGCAGAAAUUCCCAUCGGAAGCAAGGUCAUGGGCGUGAUGGGUGGCAUGGGCAGGACCCGCCCUGGUGGAUACGCCGAGUUCGUUAACGUGCCCGUCACAAACGUCAUUGCGAUAGAGACAGCGUUGCCUUGGGAACGACUUGCGGCUCUUCCAGAAGUCUACAGCACAGCCUACACGUGCCUUUUCACCAUCCUCGACUUGCAUCGUGGGGAAAAGCUCCUUAUCCGCGGUGCUACAUCAACGAUCGGCCAAGCUGCACUGAAUUUAGCGGUCAAUUCCGGCGCCCUCGUGACGGCCACCACACGACAAGAGUCUCGGUUCCCGUGGCUAGAGCGGCUCGGGGCAGUUGAGGUGAAGCAGGAACGGCGGGAGCUCCAAGACCAGUUUGACCAUGCUCCCGAGUUUGACAAAGCUUUGAAUCUCAUCGGCAACAGUGUACUACUGGAGUCCAUCGACCUCACACGAUCUGGAGGACGAAUGCUACAGGCGGGGUGGUUGGGAGGGCUAGCCCCAAUUAAGGACUUCAAUCCCAUGGUCCAGAUGAAAUCUGGUGUUCAUUUUAGCUUGUUCCACAGCAAAGUCCUAGGCUCUCCGGAUUUCCCAUUGUCGGAGAUUCCGAUGCAAAAGAUUGUCCACAUGAUUGAAAAGGGGGAGUGGGACGCUAAACCUGCACAUGUCUUUGAGUUCAAGGAUAUUCAAAGCGCGCAUAGAAUGCUGGACUCGCAAGGGGCGGGGGGCAAGAUCGUGGUGAAGCAUUGA